AUGAUAUUCAGUGUAUUUCUGCUUUUGUUCAAUGUCACGUUUGCCUACAAAGGCAGACCGCAGCGUCACCACAUCAUCGAUCCAUCACUCACGGAGCCGGUUGAAAGUUUGCUGAAUCUUCCAGACAUCAACUCACAGAACCUUGUUGAUUUUGUGGGUGAUUUGAACGGCGCAUCCAGCGAGACAGCUCUCCGGUUCUUAACUAAGUAUGGAAUAAUACCCAAUGAGCGAGAGUGUCCCCAUUGCCCAAGUUCACGUAUGAGUUUGGUUUCCGACAAGAGUGUUCAAUUAGGACUGUACUGGAGGUGCUCCAAAUGCAAAUCAUCAAAAGUAUCAACCAAAAUAAUGAUUCGAGACGGAUCAUUUUUUGAAGGUUCGAAACUCUCCAUCCAAAAAACCCUUCUUCUUGCUGCUGACUGGAUCGAAAGCCCAGGGCGGAGUACUGAGGCGACAUCGAAGCUGUUUCAGGUGAAUCACGAAACAGUGAUUCAAAUGUAUCGUUCAUUCCGUCAACUCACAGAGCAAUGGGUUGCUAGAGAAAUGGAAUCAACCCUUAAGCUUGGUGGCGUCGGCAAAAUUGUUGAAAUAGACGAAAGCCACAUGUUCAAAGCCAAACACAAUCGUGGGCGAAUGCUGAGUAGGAAGGCAGUGUGGAUCUUUGGAAUGGUAGAAAGGAGCUCGAACAAAGUCUUGAUGUUUCAAGUCGAGAAACGCGAUGCUGCCACACUCCUUCCUCUUAUCAAAGACCAUGUUUUGAAUGGUUCCAUGGUUGUCUCAGACGGUUGGUCCUCAUACGGAGGGAUUCCUCAGAUUCAAGCGAACUUCACUCAUAGAUGGGUCAACCAUAAAUUAAACUUUGUGAAUCCCACUGACAGACGUGUGCAUACUCAAUCUAUUGAAGCCACCUGGGGAGCCUUCAAGCGAGAGUUGAAAUCAAAGUUUGGAAUUCCCGACGAAAACCUCGGGGAGUACAUGGCAGUUUACAUGUUUCGCCGUUUCUUCAGACGCGAGCGUCUUCUCAAUCACUUGCUCAUUGAGAUGAAAACUUUUGGAAGACGAAGAAACCAAUUGGAAACCACUUCACAAUCCCCAUCAGAUGAUUCUUCUCAAGAUGAUGAAGAACCAAUAGAGGAUCCAGAAGAUGCUGAUGGUACGUACCGAUCAGAAAACGAACAUUCUGAUGAAAACUCGAUCAAUGUAGACAAUCUGCUGAGUGAUGAUGAAGAAGUUUAUUCGGCCUCCGAUGACAGUCUGCCACAUAAUCCGAGUACAAUGGAGAGCGAUUAUGAUUCAGACAACAGCCGACCUCCUCCUGAGAAGAAAUCAAAACGCAAACUAUCAGGAAGCAGUACGCAGGUGACAGGCAAACAGACAAGGAGAGGCCGAAAACCGGGAGCCAGUCGUCGAGAGUCUGUUAACGGAGGAAGAAGAACGAGAGGCAAUACCCACGUCCGUGGUCAGCAGCGAAGAGGUACAGGAGCUGGGAGAGUUCAAUCAACAAGCGGACAGAGAAGGACUGAUGGGAAUACGUCGCCGUUAAGCAGAGGCCAAAGUUCUGACCGUGGUCAAACACAGAGACGAGGUAGACAAGAGCAAUUGAGCGAUACUCAAGACCGUGGAGAUGUCACGAUUCGCAGAGGAACACUUCGAGUUAGAGUGAACUCAGGAAGUGUCAUGGGUGACCGACGUGGACAAUCACCAACUGAAACAGGAGGACGACGACCGGGAAGAGCUCAGAGAGCUAGAGGAAGAGGGCAAAAUUUGAGACGAGGUCAUAGCAGCCGUGUUCAAACAUCGAGGACGGAAGCAGUAACCCGUACACAACAAUCAGGAGGAGCUCGCGGUCGUGGUCGAAGUUCCAGAGGCUCUACUGGGAACCAAUCAGCUCGAUCUGGAAGGUCUAAAGGUGGAAGAGGGAAAUAA